AUGUGCCUUGUAGUUCUAGAUGAUCUUGAUGAAUGGGUUGCCCGUCAUGGUAAUAACCAAGCUGAGCCUUAUAUGUUAGAAUUACAGAAUGGCAAUUUUACUCUUCUUACAACUUCUCGCUCAGUGGAACUGGUGGAUGCAUGUAUGAUUGAUUAUAAAAUUGACAUUCUGUUAGAGAUCGAGGGGAUUUGCGAUCCAUGUACAUUUAAUGUUAAGCUACUGAAGAGCUUUUUUAGUGCAAACGAAGAUCUUGAUAAAAUAGUGAAUGCCUUCGAAAAAUUUAUUGAAAAGGGUAACCUGAAAUCAAUGUCAUCUUCCCCGCUGCUGUACACAAUUGUUAUCUGUACGUGGGUAACCAUGAGGAUGGAUGAAAAUUCGAAAGGAUUGUCCUUGUGUAAACUUUGCACCAGGGUGAUUGAUAGCAUAUGUAAAAAGGCUAACGGUGUAGCUGGUUGUUUCAACAUGCCAUACAUUGAAAACUUAAAGAAGUUUUCAGAAGCUGCUUGUAAAUUGCUGUUCCCUUAUAAUAGGGAAACGUGUUCUGCGUUGAGGGAAAUAACAUUGUGGAACUGUUUUUCUCUAGAAGUGUUUGAAAAUCAUAGUUCUACAGGUAGUUUGUACACUUUUGGUAACAAAAGUCUGCAGUAUUUCUUAACUGCAUAUCAUAUUGACUGCAAUCCAGACAUAAUUGAUUGUGUCAUAUCCGGAUAUGUUGAGAGCAAUCCCGAUGCCACGUAUCUUCAUGUAUCACAUGUCUGCAUAUUUCUAUGCGGACUGAACAUCUUGGCAGCGAACAAACUGUUAGUUUUGAUGGACAAACUUAGUGAUCGCCCAGACUUCAAUCGCACUACUUAUCAGGAGACCAUCCUCUCUGGUUAUAAAGAAUAUAUUGCCAGUGAACAGGAGGGUAAAUGUGUAUCUCUCCUUAUGAGUCAUGUUAACAUCAAUGGCAACAACAUAAGAGAUGUGCACAGCAUCUGGCCUGUGAUCGCCUCAAAUGUGCAGUCAUUACAUGUAGCAGGAUUCAAGGAAUGUUACAUAAGUUUCAAGGAAAGUCCAGCUGCACCUGAACAGGAGAAAUCUUUUUGUGAGUUUGUCCUUUCAUCAUGUGGCAAACUGAAAGAUGUGGAACUCGAUGGAGAACAGCGAGAAGAUUUCAACAACUACAAAUCUAUCUGGCUGCCUCUUGAAUGAUCCAGACCAAUCAACACACCCAACACAAGUAUUGUCCAUGUUGCUACAAUUUUCAAGAAACUGAUGACACUUGGUUCUAACAUGAAGUUGAACGC